AUGUCUGCUACUGUGGAGGCCCCGAAACAGUUCAGCCAGCCAUCCCGUAAGGGUAAGAAGGCGUGGCGUAAGAAUAUUGAUGUUACGGAGGUGCAAGAGGGCCUGCGUUUACUGAAAGAUGAAGAGAUCAAAGGUGGCGUUCUGGCGGAAAAGCCCUCGGAAGAACUGUUCACCUUCGAUUCCUUCGGUUCAGCGGAAAUCCGCAAAACCCAGCACAAGAAGCGCAAGCCUCUCAAGGCCGACGAGAUCCUGGCGCAACGGUCCGCCAUCCCAGCUGUUGAUACCCGCAAGCGCCUGAACUCCAAAGUGACGGAUGGUGUCAUUGAGCCGAAGAGCAAGCGACAGAAGAGCGACUGGGUCAGCCGCAAGGAAUGGCUGCGCCUGAAACAGGUCGCCAAGGAGAACAACCCUGGAAAGAAGGUUGAGGGAGGUACGCUCUAUGACCCGUGGGCUGAUGAGGAAGACAAUACCCCGGCGAUGGAAGACCCGCAAUUUGACUACCUGGAGAAACCGAAGCCGAAGGUUGCGCCGGAUACGUUGAAACAGGGUCCGAUUUCGCUCGCUGCUAAUGGGAAACCGGUCCCAGCGGUCCGUACUCCUGAUGCUGGAACGAGUUACAAUCCGUCUUUCGAGGAGUGGGAUCGUCUCCUUCAGGAACAAGGUCAGAAAGAGGUGGAAGCCGAAAAGAAGCGGCUAGAAGAGGAGCGCAAAGAGCAAGAGAGGCUGCGUUUGGUUGCUGAGGCUAAGGACGACGAUGGAAUGGUCAAGUCUGAUGACGAGAGUGCCUGGGAAGGCUUCGAGAGCGAAUAUGAAAAGCCGGACUGGCUCAACAAGAAGCGACCAGAGCGGAAGACGAAGACGCAGAGGAACAAGAUCAAGCGGCGCAAGGAAGCGGAGCGUCAGGCUAAGUGGGAGGCGAGAAUGAAGGAGAAAGAAGAGCAACUUGCGCGCGCGAAGGCAAUCGCUGAAGAGGUUAGCAAGCGGGACCUUCAAGUCGCCCAGAACUCGGGCGACGACUCUUCAGAGGGAGACGACACUACGUUGCGACGCAGGCCCCUGGGCGGCAAGAACAAGGCCCCCGAAAAACCCCUAGAGGUGGUGUUGCCGGACGAGCUGCAAGACUCUCUGCGAUUGCUCAAGCCGGAAGGCAAUCUCCUUGACGACCGAUUCCGGACUCUCAUUGUCCAGGGCAAGCUGGAGUCUCGGAAGCCGGUGACGCAGGCGAGAAAGGCCAAGAGAGAGGUGACGGAGAAGUGGACAUACAAGGACUUCAAGGUGCCGGGCGCGGAGUAG